GGGGCUGUAUGAUGGUGGACGUGUUGCUUGUCAAUCGAAUCAAAACAAUUCUACUGCGAAUCUAUUGAAAUAAUGAAUUUGGGUCCUUCAAAUCCUUAUGGCAAUUCGUUGCUAUUUGCCGGAUUUAACCAAGAUCAAGGUUGCUUUGCAUGUGGAAUGGAAAAUGGAUUUCGAGUUUAUAACUGUGAUCCUUUAAAAGAAAAAGAAAAGAGAGAUUUCUCAGAUGGUGGGAUUGGAUAUGUCGAAAUGUUGUUUAGAUGCAACUAUUUAGCUCUUGUGGGUGGUGGUAAAAAACCUAGGUAUCCUCCUAACAAAGUUAUGGUAUGGGAUGAUUCUCAGGAAAAGCAUGUCAUUGAAUUGGAGUUUUCGACAGAUGUAAAAGCAGUUAAACUAAGGAGGGAUAGAAUAGUUGUUGUUCUUGAAACAAUGAUCAAGGUAUAUACAUUUACACAAAAUGCACAACUGCUGCAUAUAUUUGAAACAUGCUCAAACCCAAAAGGUUUGUGUGUCUUGUGCCCAAACAGCAACAAUUCUUUGCUGGCAUUUCCUGGAUGCAAAACUGGUCAUGUUCACAUUGUAGAUUUAGCCAACACAGAGAAGGCUCCUCUAGAUAUUGCAGCUCAUGAAGCCUCUCUCAGUUGUAUCGCUCUCAACUUAGUUGGAACAAGAAUUGCUACAGCUUCUGAAAAGGGCACAUUAAUUAGAAUUUUUGAUACUUCUACUGGUAUUCUAUUAAAUGAAUUAAGAAGAGGUGCAAAUCAAGCCAAUAUAUACUGUAUCAAUUUUAACUUUGACUCAUCUCUCAUUUGUGUCUCAAGUGACCAUGGAACUGUUCAUAUUUUUGCUGUGGAGGACAGUAAAAGGAAUAAGCAAUCUAGUUUAGCUUCAGCUACUUUCUUGCCUAAAUACUUCAGUUCUGUGUGGAGCUUUUCUCGCUUCCAAUUGCCUGGAGGUGCGCACUGUAUUUGUGCUUUUGGAACUGAACCUAAUUCAGUAAUUGCUAUCUGUGCUGAUGGCAGUUACUACAAAUUUUUAUUCAAUACGAAAGGCGAGUGUACUCGAGACAUUUAUGCCCAAUUUCUGGAACUAAGUGAUGAUACUUCCAUAAUGGACCUUUAUGGGAAGAAUAGGGUGCCAUAAGCAGUUUAAAACAAGGAGAAACCUUUGUACAUUGUAGUUCUGUAUCCCUUUUCUAAUGGAAGUCAGUUACAUUAUAAUUUUUUUAAAAAUAUAUAUCAUUUCAUAUCUUCCAUGGACAUGAUCAAAUCUUGUAAAAAUAUGCUGUUUCAUAAUGAGAUUUUUUAUAGAUGUAUGUAUUCUGUGAAUUGUGAAUAGAGACAAAAAAAAAAUGCACGGCUUGUUUUAUUUGUUACAAUCAAAAACAUUUCUUCUUUUAUAAGAUUCCUCUUUGAUAUGCAUGUCUGGCAAUGUAUUAUUUUUGGUUGAAACUGAAAAAAGAAAUGUACUUAAAUGCUGUCUCAUUGUUGAUAAGGAAUUUAAAUAUUAAUUCUUUGUUGUGAAUAUUUUUUGGAAAUAUUUAUGCAAAAUAUGUUUUGGAUAUAUAUAUAUGGUCUUUGUAUUAGCAUCUUGCAAUCUUUGCAUUAUGUAAUGUUUUUUGCAGAUAACCAGCUUGAAUUCUAGUCAGUAUACACAUUCUGAAAAGAAUAUUUUAGAUGAGAUUGCUAGAAACACAUAAUACAUUUUUCUAUCUGUGGUGUAAUACCAUUAAAUUUAUCUGAAAAGUUUAAAUGUAAUUUUUCUUCUUCCCUCCUGCAAAAUAAAUAAAAUAUUAAACAAUACAUUAAAAUUCUUAUGGGUUUAAAGGGCUAUUACCAUUUUUAUUUUUUAAAAAAAAUGGUGAACAAGAAAGUCUUUAAUCUUUAUCAUAAUGUAUGAAAAUCUGUGUCUUUCAAGAAAUUUUAAGAAUGAAAUCGAACAUUUAAAUAUUCAAAGUAAAACUGCUUUUAUUUUUGACUGUAUAGAAUUUCUUCAACCAAUAUAUUUCAGACUUUUGUUAUUAAAUUAAUAGCCAUCACAUUCAAAUUUGAUUUUCAUUUUAUCUUAAAUAAAGCUUAGACAUUAAUUUCCAAUGCUAUUGGUUUUAAUAUUAAAUGUAAUCCUGUAGCACAUUGUUUGUGUUUUUAUUACUACUUAGAUUUUUAAAACAUCUGGUUGUUAUUUUUAUUUUGGCUAAAUAUUUUUAAUUAUAAAGUUUUUCAUUAUAUAUUCAAAACUAAUUUUAUUUUUUAAUGAUAUUUAUUUUUAUAAAUAAAAAAUAUUGGCAUUUGUAUAUUACAAGCAUUGUAAGAAGAAAAUUAGUGUUUAGUUAUUUUAUCAAACUGUACUUCAUUAAUAUUACAUUUCUUUGCUAAAUGCUUAGGCUCUAUAAGAUACCUGGGGGAAAAGUUGAUUAAUUUAAUGUUUAUUUAGAAUUUUACAUUUCCAAUAUUAAGUUUUUAUCUCAUAUUAUCAGUUAUUAAUUUUCUAUCAGAAAGGCACCUAAUUCUUUACUUGGGGUUAUAUUUGGAAAUUAAUGAACUUGGUCCAGUUCUGAUUUUAUUGGCAUUUUCAUACCAUAAUAAAGGUUUAGAGAAAACCUACAAGCAGUGCCAAUGAGAGUAAUAAUAAAUAUAUACAAUAGAUUUUUAUUUGUAUAUUUUAAUAAUGUAUUAGAAAAAUGCAUUUUUACAUUUACAUUUUUUUAAAAUUAAAUUUAGUCAUCAAAUAUCUAAAUUAGUUCUUUUUAUUUGUAUGCUUAUAUGUCAACAUCUUUUCAACUGUAGCUUUCACAGUAUUUAUGCAUGAUCACAUACAUAAUGUAUUCAAAUAUGAAAAUGCUUCUGAACACAAUUUGUAAAUAUAUGUUAAUACUGACACUGAUAAUAUUUAUUUAUUAUACAUUUAAAACUCUGAUGCUAAAUUUAUAAAACAUUAUGAUAAGCUACAUUUUUUGAAUAUUAAUUAUGUUUAAACAUUCAUAAAAUUGUGCUUACAAAUGAGAUAUUAUGUUUGAAAAUUAUUUUAAAAUAUGUUAGGGAGGAUUCACAAUUAUUAGUUUAUUGUCUGUUAUGGCCUGUGAUUAUUACAUAUGAAUUUAUUUAGACUGUAAAUUGUACAUUACUAUGUGGUAACUAUUUUUGUGAU